GUCGUCUUGGAGCUGCUGCCGCGCCCGCCUGCCAGCCCCCCCGAUUUCCCUUGCUCAGCCGCCCGUCGCCCGUUUCCCCGCGCCUAUUCCACGGACAGCGCUGGGAGCCUACAGCCUCAACUACCCCCCAGGCUUCUGCCUACCUCCCCACCAAACGCCAUUGCCUGACCGCACACAGCCAUGGCCGACCUCUCGCAGAGUGGGGAAUUGAACCAGCCCAUCCUCAACCUGACGCCCGAGGAAAAGCGCGUCUUCCAGUAUCUCUUCCAGCAGGCCGACACAGAGAAGCUGGGCGUCAUAACAGGCGAGAUUGCCGUCAAGUUCUUCGAGCGCACCAAGCUGGCCCCCGCCGUCCUAGGAGAGAUAUGGCAGAUUGCAGACACGGAGAACCGCGGUCUCUUGACCAUGGCCGGCUUUUGCCAGGUCCUGCGCCUUAUUGGACACUACCAGGCUGGCCGAGAUCCCACACCAGAGCUUGCCUUUAGACCCGCCCCCCUGCCCAAGUUUGAGGGCCUAACUCCCCCAUCCGCUCCUCCCGCUGCCCCUGGCUUCUCCCCACAACCCACUGGUUCUCUGCAGCCUCAAGUUAGCGGCAGUGGCCCAAUCCGCGUCCCGCCGCUAGUGCCCGGCAAGGCUGCUGAAUAUGCAGGCUUGUUCGAGAAGUCUGGCGCAGUCAACGGCAUUCUUUCAGGCGAGAAUGCAAAAGAGAUAUUUGAAAAGGCACGGUUACCAAAUGAAGUCCUCGGCCGGAUAUGGAAUCUUUCAGACACGGAGCAGCGUGGAGCGCUCAACGUUACCGAGUUCAUCAUCGCCAUGCACCUGCUCGCCUCAUACCGCACAGGAAACAUGAAGGCGCUUCCAAACACGCUGCCUCCAGGCCUGUACGAAGCCGCUUCUCGACGCGGAGGACUGCCGCCCCCACCAGGACGCCCCGACCAGAUGGCCAUUCCACGUCAAUUCAGUGGACAGCAAAAUGCACCGCGACAACCAAGCCCGCUCGGACGACAGCCAUAUGGAGCACCUCCCCCGCCUGUGCAGCCUGCUGGCAGUGAUUGGCUCAUCAGCCCCCAAGAGAAGGCCUCAUACGACAACUUGUUCAAGGGUGUUGAUACCAUGGGCCGCGGCUUCAUUACUGGAGACCAGGCGGUGCGCUUCUUCAGCGACUCCGGCCUACCCGAAGACGUUCUCGCAGGAAUAUGGGACCUUGCAGACAUCAAUUCGGAAGGACAGCUAUCCAAGGACGAGUUCGCGGUCGCCAUGUACCUCAUCCGGCAACAACGGAAAGGAGAGCCACUCCCCACCACUCUGCCACCGAAUCUGAUCCCACCAAGCCUGCGCACACCGGCCAACCAGGCUGCGCCCGUCACUUCACCGCAGCUGGCACCCCCAAUGCCUCCUCCUGCCAAGUCUGCGACUGAUGACCUGUUCGGACUGGACGCCUUUAGCGCACCGCCUCCCCCUCCCCAACAGUCACAGUCAACGGGUGGCUCUGCCACUUUCAGCAAGCCUUUUGAAAGCGAUCCUUUUGGAAGCAAAGCAGCCUCGCCAACUUCGCCACAUCAUUUCCAGCCUCAACCGCGAAACCCGGCCUCCACUUUCAAACCCUUCAUGCCUAGCUCUUCGUUUGGCCAGACUUUGACCGCACACUCGACAGGCCAGUCGGGAACCUCUGGCGCGCCGCAACACUCGACACUUUCCGUAAUGGAUGAUCUGCUAGGAGAGGCUGAUCCUGAAAUCAACAAGAAGCUAACGCAGGAUUCCACCGACCUGGCCAACAUGUCGAACCAGAUGACCACUCUGCGCAACCAGAUGCAGGAGGUCCAAAACAAGAAGACUGCAACGGAAAGCGAUCUUAACAGCGUCAACACUCAAAAGCGUGACCUCGAACUCCGUCUCUCGCAGUUCAAGACACAGUACGACCAAGAAGUCAAGGCAGUCAAGGCUCUCGAGGACCGUCUGGCCAGCUCCCGCAAUGAGACUCAAAAGCUAAAGGUGGAUCUUGCCAUGAUUGAGAGCUCUUACCAGGAUCUCCAAACCCAGCACCGCCAAGUCGGAGGUCAACUCGAGGCUGAUCAGCGCGAAAACAACAACCUGAAAGAGCGCAUCCGUCAGCUCAAUGCUGAGAUUGCGCAGCUCCGCCCCCAGCUUGACAAGAUGAGAAAUGACGCCCGCCAACAAAAGGGCCUGGUGGCGAUCAACAAGAAGCAGUUGGCUACCAACGAGGCCGAGCGCGAUAAGCUUAAGAACGAGAUGAACGAGUUGAGCAAGUCCCACGAGGAAAUCUCCCGCGGCUCUCCAAUCCAGACCCCCGGCGUCGUCAGCCCUGCUGUUUCCACUGCAAGCCAGAACACGAACCCCUUCUUCCGAAAAUCCCCUCAGCCAGGUGCCGAAAACACCAUGUCACCCUCUGGUUUUGCGCGUGACGGACCCCACAAGGACUUUGAUAGUGUCUUUGGUUCAUUUGGCACUCCGCAGAGCAGCGCACCGCCCGUUUCAUUCCGUCCUGACAACUCGAGCCUAGGCCCUAGCUUUUCUGCUCCAUCAGGCCAGUCGGUACGCUCCUCCGAGGGUCCAGAUGUGCCUACGCCCUCCACUUCGCCGCCUCUCUCUUCGUACCAGGAGUCUCCACGAGUUGCAGACCCACCAGCUCCUCCUGAGUCACGUCAGUUUGGUUCCUCGUUCCUGCCACUGAGAGAAGGCCAACGGUCCGACUCGUUCAGUUCCUCUGUGCGAGGGGCCGCCCCUGCAAACCGAUACGGUCCCCAUGCCCCUGGAAAUGAGACGCCCACUAUCUCACAUGCUUCGCCUGCUGGUACUCCAAUCGCUGAGAAGCCUUCUGUGGAGCGCACCGACACCAACAGAACUGAGACUGAUAACUUCAACCCGGCUCUAUUCAGCCGCACAUUUUCGGCUUCUCCUGUGACCAGCGUCACUAGUGAAACACAGCGCUCAACUACCAAGAAUGAUGACCGAAAGGACGCUUUCGCCAAUUUUGGGGUUCCAUCUGCUGGCGUAGCACAAGAUGUUCCUGGAGCUUUCCCCCGGGAAGCCAACACACCACUGCAACAGAACCAAACCGGCGAGAGCAGUAUGAGUGGGCCAAACAGGAACAACACCGACCCCUUCGGCACCUCUGGUGAGCAAUCCCGAGGAGGCAAGGAUGACUUUGAUGCGGCUUUCGCUGGCUUUGGGCCUAGUCGUCAGACCGCUACUACCGCCUCCAACGCAAGCGCGCCCGCAGGAGAUUCAAACAAGUUCAACAAGGAGUUUCCUCCGAUUGAGGAUCUUGCCCACGACGACGACAGUGACAGCAACGAUGGACGAGGAUUCGACGACAACUUUACAUCCGCAUCGCCAAAUCAGAAGCGCACCAGCUUUGGGCAAGAGCAGCGCUCCCAGCAGCCGCGUCCUGGCACUGCUUCGAGUGAUGAGCUCUACAGGGCUCCGCCUCCCACCACUCGCCUAGACUCGAACCUGAGCGGCCUGCCCUCUCCGGGUGCACAAAAAUCCCCUCCUACGUAUGAGUCUACUGUAAACACGACAAGAAGCGGGUCGAACCAGUUCCCGCCCGAAUUUGGCGGUCUUCUCCCGUCUCGUGAGAACCCAACAUCUUCUGGCUCUCCUGACACUGCGCAAGGCCCGGAGAGAUCGUUCAAUCCUCCAGGCGGCCACGGAGCUGCUCUCUUCGGUGGGCCGAUCAAGUCUGCCACAACAUCUCCGCCUCCUCUGGAUACUCCCGCUUCGACUGUUCCCUCUGACCAAUACCACUCUGGCAUGGCAUUUAGUACCAACGAGCCUAACCAGGGGCCAUUGCCAUCCGGCAACGUUCCUCAGCUCGGAAAAUCUGCCUUUAACGACGACUUUGACGCUGGUUUUGAUGACCUCGCUGAUGCCAAGGAAGAUGACAAGGCCGACGAUGACUUCAUAUUUUCCUCGCAGCAUCGUGAAGGACUCGAUGAGUUCAACCCUGUUUUUGACUCGCCAGCUGCCUCCAAGGCGAACACAAUGGCUUCGCAGCAAACACCUACUGGCAAGCCCCGCGGAGACGACAGCUUCAGUGACUUUGAGCACCUAUCGCAAUUUGGUGGACAAUCCCAACAAGCUGCAGCAGGCUCUUCAUCUCAGGACUGGGAUGCCAUCUUUUCGAACCUCGAAUCUUCGCAGACCGACAAGGGCUCGCACUCGCAACAGGCACCAACCGACUUUGGCAAGUCCGUCUUUGACACUCUUGACAAGGAGGAGGUUGCUGCAUCGUCAUCAAAGUCGCAGCAAUUGUCGCCUCAGAUGCCUCCGCUUGGCCGUGCCAUCAGCACCGGAACUGAACACGAUGACCCUAUUCUCAAGAAACUGACUGGCAUGGGCUAUGCACGGAACGAUGCUCUUUCUGCGCUUGAGAAGUUCGACUAUGACAUCAACAAGGCUGCCGACCACUUGGCGUCGGGAGGAAACUGAACAAAACAAAUCAACGAUGCCUUGACUUUGCACAGCCGUCAUGAUGUCGAAUCGCCCUCUCUUGUCUUGUAUGAGUACAUAUGUUUAGCAUGGCUCGCUUCAAUCAUCAUACCCUUGAGCAUUGAUUCUCUCUCUCUCUUUCUCUAUCCGUCUCCUUCGCUCUCUCUCUCUCUCUCUCUCUCUCUCUCUCUCGCUUCCACUUGGUUUCUCGGUAUCUGCGACGCGUAGCCCACACUUCCCCCGUCUUUUCC